AUGCCGUACCUGCGCAACAGACUUGCUUGGGCCACACCGGUCGAGGUCGAUCUAUUUGGGGCCCAUCUGGAUGCAUACAUCAAUCUACUUCCCACCGUCGCCGUCCUGAGGCUCUGUCACCGUCAUGGGAAGGCAUCGGCCAUCUCGAAAAUUCCAGUGGAACUACUCGUGCUGAUCGAAGACUUUCUUACCGAGUCGGAGCGCGAUAAAACUCGAGAGAUCUGGCAGGCUGAGUACAAGUGCUUCCAAGAUAAGUGUGAGCCGAUGGAUCACUACGACAGAUCUCGUGUAAACGAUUGGCGGCGAAUGAUUCGCCUUGACACUGCUCGCUCCGAGGCACUUGCUGCGGAAGACGUCGACGAGAGGGUCAAUGAGUUCAUCAUUGAUCAUACCGGAUAUUUUGACGUCCAUAUGGAACGAGGCGAAUGCUGGGUAGAGCGGUCCGAAUCUGUUGGCGUGGUUAGUAAGAACCAGCAGCGCAAGCGCAGAGAGAUUAUGAUGAAGCACUUUGGCCUCGACUUUUGGUUCUCCAGAACGCGUGUUGCUGGCGAAAGUGACAACCAUGGGUAUAGUGCGGCUGAAGCUACUUUGGCAUAUCUCAAGCUCCCGCAGAGCCACAACGGUGGUCGAUGGUUUGACCUUUCUCCGGAGGAGCGGGACAACAAACAAUUCUGUUUUAUGGCCAGCAGCGCUAUGGAAAUUGUGGGCGAUCUUGCCUUGCCUGCAGAUGGUCGAGCUAAGAUGAGACGUUGCCUGAGCUUUCUGGGCCUGAAGCCGCACAAGCACGAGACUGAGCACACCGGCGAGCUUUCUGCCCGUGACAUUCCGAUGGACGAGCGAGAGAAGUCGAUCAACACCUGGCCACGCUUGACCGUCCUCAGCGAACUCGGAGCUAGUACUGAUGAUUAUGCGGAGUCGUCAUGA